CCCCUCUCUCACACAUUUAUCAUGUCCAAGAAGUCGUCCAAGAAGUCCGGCAAGUCGUCCAAGUCGUCCAAGAAGUCGUCGAAGAAGUCCAAGUCGACCAAGUCGUCCAAGGCCUCGUCGGUCGCCCCUGGCUUCGGCUUUGGCGGCUACCCCGGCUACGGCUACGGCCAGCAGUUCGGCGGCUUCCCGCAGCAGCAGUUCGGCGGCUUCCCGCAGCAGCAGUUCGGCGGCGAGUUCUCGCAGUUCGGCGGCUUCCCGCAGCAGCAGCAGUUCGGCGGCGAGUUCUCGCAGUUCGGCGGCUUCCCGCAGCAGCAGCAGUUCGGCGGUGAGUUCUCGCAGUUCGGCGGCUUCCCGCAGCAGCAGCAGUUCGGCGGCGAGUUCUCGCAGUUCGGCGGCUUCCCGCAGCAGCAGCAGUUCGGCGGCUUCCCGCAGCAGUUCGGCGGCUUCCCGCAGCAGCAGUUUGGCGGCUACCCGGUCGCUGACGGCUCCGGCUACGAGGCGCAGCAGUUCGGCGGCUACGGCCAGCAGUUCGGCGGCUUCCCGCAGCAGCAGUUCGGCGGCUUCCCGCAGCAGCAGUUCGGCGGCUUCCCGCAGCAGCAGUUCGGCGGCUACGGCCAGUACCCCGGCUACGGCUACGGCGAGCCGGACGUGGCGCAGAACGACAAUAUCUGGCAGGCGCUCGUUGAGCAGGCGUACGAGUGGUUUGUCGAGAUGGCGACUGCCUUUGGCCUCGGACCAUCGCAUCCUGGCACAAGUGACGAGGUUGCCGGCGCAAGCGGCACCAGCGGCGAUGAUCGGCUGCCCACCAUAAGCGGCUUGCCGCUGGCGGUCGUGGUCGCGAUCAACCCAUCGCAGGCCCAACCUGGUGUGCCGGAGCUCCUCGCUGCUGCGCUCGACUUUGUUGAGGCUAACGCGCUAGACGAGGAAGGCCUGUUUCGGAUCAACGGAUACAUCAGGCAGCGGAAGCAGGCGCUCGCCGCCCUCGAUCCGCAGAUGCUUGCUGGAGCGCGGGUCCAGUUUUUGGUUGAUCCGGCAAGUGCGACCGAUAGCGGGACCGACGCUGUGGUCCGCGACGGUGAGACUGUGCUCAUCACACUGCCGUGCGUGCACACCGUUGCCUCACUAGUCAAGCACAUCAUCCGCGCGCUGCCCGAGCCGCUCAUCAACGACGACGCGGUACGAAUCCUGACCAGCGACAACGAUGGCACGGGUGCACGAUGGGAGCUGCUCGAAGCUGCAAUCCCGUUUGAGGCGUACGCGCUGCUCAAGCGGCUGGCGAGGCACCUGGCAGCGGUUGUGGCCCAUGAGGCCAGCAACCGUAUGUCGGCCUCUGCGAUCUCGAUAGUCUUUGCCGGAACGAUGGACGUCCCGCGCGAGGCUGUCAUUGGCUUGCUGCAGGAGGCUCUGUGA